CACGGUCUUCUUUUUUGUUCUUUAGAAGAAGACCCACGCAUCUUGAUGCCCACGUCUUCGAACCAGCCGCUGAGUCAAGCGCUCACUCAUAUUUUUUGUGCUCAUUCAUUAAUUUUGUUGUUGUUGCAUCCAAGAUGGCGGAAACAAGCAUUGCGACCAAUGGAAGCAGCGCCGACAAUAAGAGGGAUGAUGCUGAUCCACUUAUUGAGGCUGUGGAUGACGAUAGCCAACAGAAUACUACAGCUACGACCAAAGCAGGCGGCUAUUACCUUCGAUGGAGUCGGCUGUACAAGUCUGUCGAGAUCAAGGAGAGUACAGCCGGUCUUGUCCGUGGUCCCAUUGCCGGCCCGUCCUCGUCGACGGCAACGAAGGAAUCGGGUCAGGCAACAGAAGCCAGCACUCCUCCCACUUCCUUGGUUCACGAACAAAGUCGUCGCAGCAGCUGGACCCUCCUGUCUCCUGCCAGCAGCAUGAUGAUGUUGGGAGGAGGAGACAACCACAACAAAAACGACAACCACAAGGUCAUUCUGGAUCGAGUCUCGGGAUGUGCCGCCCCCGGUGAAGUGGUGGGAUUGAUGGGUCCAAGUGGCAGUGGAAAAACGAGCCUACUUAACACGCUCAGUGGACGCAGUGCCUAUCAAGAGGGAACCAUUUCUAUCAAUGGGGAAGUCCUGCCCAACAACAAUUCGGCGGCUGCCGGUAGCAUGAAAAAACUCAUGAGCAAAAUUGCCUAUGUCAAACAGGCCGACAUUUUCUUUCAACAUUUGACGGUACGAGAUCAAUUCACAUACACGGCAUUGCUGCGCUUGCCGUCCAAGCGCAUGACCACGGAAGAAAAGGUCGUCGAAGUGGACCGCAUCAUUUCCUUAUUGAGAUUAGGAAAAGUCGCCAACUCACCCAUCAAAAUGUUGUCGGGCGGAGAAAAGAAACGCGUCAAUAUUGGGACAGAACUCCUGACAAACCCCUCCAUUCUUCUCUUGGAUGAACCCACAUCCGGACUGGACUCGACCAGUGCCGUGUCAUUAUUGCAGCUUUUGCAUCGUUUGGCCAAGGGAGAUGGGACAGCUCCACCCAAGACUGUAAUUACCAGUAUUCAUCAACCGUCAUCUGCAGUCUUUCGAGCGUUUGAUCGAUUGUUACUGCUAUCGGAUGGAAAGGUGGUGUACUUUGGAAAUCCAGUGGCGUCUUUGGAUUAUCUCAGGACCCAAAAUUUGGCCUGUCCCGAUGGCUACAAUGCGGCAGAUCAUUGGAUGGACGUCCUGGUGAUUGAUGAUAGUCCACACGACAAUAAUAACCACAACACAACCACCAGUGACGAUGACGAAGACGAACAACAGGGACUGCUUCCUCCCAAGACAAUCCCACGUCUCCAAUUACAACAAGCUUGGGAUAAUGAAGCUGUGGCAGAACAAAUGGACGCCGCUAUUGAAGACAUUGGAUCCACCAACAAGAGUGGAAGCUCUGUCAACAGUUUGCUUCUGGAUGGAGUUGAUAACAAUGGCAGCAGUGGCAACAAGUACAGUACAUCGUGGGCCACACAGUAUUGGGUCUUGACGCAUCGCUGCAUGAAGAACAGUCGAAGUGCCAUCUUUACACCACUGAAUUUGAUCAAGUCGGUCUGUAUCGGCCUUGUCGCGGGCAUGCUGUGGUUCCAACUACCCUACACGGAAGAACGAGUCCACGAUCGCAGUUCCUAUUACUUUUUCACCAUGACCUUUUGGGUCUUUGACAGUAUGAUGGGAGCACUCAUGGCAUUCCCGGCCGAACGAGCCGUCAUUCUCAAAGAACGGGCCAGUGGGAGUUAUCACCUCAGUGCUUACUUUCUGGCCAAAACAACCAGCGACGCACCGGUCCGUUUGACCCUGCCAUUUCUCUACAUGGUGACAUCCUAUUGGAUGGCAGGAAUUGAUAAUCGAUUUUGGGUCUUUGUGUCCAGCACCUGCUGUACCCUACUCAGCGUGGUGUCCGGGGAAGCCUUGGGGUUGCUAGUUGGAACCUCAAUACACGACAUGACAAAAGCUUUGACCGUGAUGAUCGUUUCGGGCCUGUUCCUCAUGCUUUUGGGUGGGUUCUAUGUCCAGAACAUUCCAAGUUUCAUUUCGUGGGUGAAAUGGUUCUCUCCCUUCAAGUAUGCCUUCUCGGCAUCCCUGCAACUCGUGUUUCAGGACGAUGUACCGUGCGACGGCAGUGGGAAUCUCGAGGAUCUUUGUGGCGGCGGCAAUGAUUACGGAUUUGCCAAAGGAUCGGAUGUGGUGGCGUAUCUGGGUGCUGAAGGUAGCAUCGGGUUCAAUGUUGGCAUGUUACUCGUCAUUUGCUUUGUGCCUCGGUACGGGGCCUACCUGGCCCUGCGGGCUCAAAAGGGAGGUGAACGGUCUUAAUUAAUAAGAUGGGUGCCGAAUAAUUGCUAUUAUAGUCUUUUCGACAACUACGGUGUUCUUCUCGUGUCUCAGUAAGCGGGUGUUGUUCUCGAGGUGCUAGCUAUUUGAGAGGAAGGCUCAAUUGGAGGCAACGAUCACUAUCGUCUGCUGAACGGACUACAAUGGAGACGACCUGGCUGAUUGCUUGCUGUGAUGGAACGAACGGGCAUUCUUGAGUUAUGGGAGUCCAGGUCGAGCUAAGUGCUCCGCUCGUCGCUAGAGGUAAAGAAAGUGGGGAGUGGUCGCUCCAGCCGAGCCGUUUAUCGUUUCCAUCUGGCCCGUAAGCAGGCACCAAAAGCUAAAGUUACGAUAAACCGUCGUUAUGUCAGGACUGAUGGGUAGGCAAUUGAAGUUCUCUGCGUCGAAGCGAUGAACCGCCCGGAACCAGCCCAGCCCUUAGAAUGAUGACCUGCUAUGAUAGCCUAUAGCUUCAGAUUGCUCAGAACGGGGGUCAGGACUGAUGGGCAGGCAAUAAAUUGAAGUGCUCUGUAUCAACAAGGCAAGGCGGCUCAUCGCCUCGGAACCAAGCCAUAAGAAAAGAUGACCUCAUAGCUCCAGAUUGCUUAUACCGGGCAUUUCCAAUGUUCUUGGCUGGGACUUCCUCGGUCAGCAGGAGGGCUUCGGAGAAGACACGAGCGCCACCGAGUUCUUCAACCAACAACUUUUAGAGACCACAUGCAGCCAAUGCAGCCUGCAGACUGCAGUGCAGCAUACUAGUAUCCAGAUCAAAAAAAGUCUUUUGGAAAGAUUUAAAACAACAAACCGAAAUGAAUAGACACCAACACAAACACGGCGAUGACUCGGAACACGAUCACCUCUACCCAGCCACCAACAAGCAACUAGCUAGCUACAUGUAGUAGUACUAUUCGCUUGGUGGCUACCUACCUGGUAAGCAGCCAAGGGCUAUGAACUUGAUACGAAUACUCCUUGGUGGUGCUAUGCCAUUUUUGGCUUCAAGGCAUAGGAGUAGAGCUCGUACCUUGAGACUCAUUCGUGGGAGCUGCGCUCAACAAACUUGCGUACCAUACUGUACCGGUAGCCUGGCUCUGCCUUGGCGACAAUGACAUGAGGGCGCAUGUUACCUGUGGAUACUAGAUGCUUGAAUGCCUCCAGCCACCAGAAACCUCGGUCCAGUCAGUCUAGACUUGUUUGGUGAGCCAUCUAGUACGGUAGCUGUUGGCGUAGACAAUAAUCGACACUGGAUCAAAUACUGAUGGCGAUGAAGAGGGCCAACCAAUAAUGAAACUGGGUAGCAGCAGCUCCUGUGCCCCUGCUGUCAAGCGGGUCAAGAUCUCCACCCAGUCUAGCUAGUAGACGAAAAGUCUUCUUUCGAUUGCCAACUCCACAUUUGUUAAGCCACAAGACAAGGCUUAUCUCCAACACAACUCUUUGUAAGCGCGACUCUCCUGAGACUCUCUAACUCUUUGCAGAUUCACAAGAAUAUAGAGUCACAAAGACUCACAAACCUUUAGUCUAUACUUUGAGUACCAGUUUUCGGUCAUUCAUCGUAGUCUUGCUAACAACCGCUCACAUUUUCCACCAAACCAG